UGAGAAUGUCCCUGGCGACCCGACCGACGGCGACCAAUGGCCGUGCGCGCGCGCCUGGAGGUACUCGGGCCAUAUAUCGAGAGAGCAGGCCAGUCCAUCUCGGACGCCAUCAUGGAGCAGGCGGCCGCAACGCGAGAGCAGGCUGUAGCGAUGCGGGAAGCUAGCUUCCCUCAUUGGGCCAAGAUGCUGUUGGCGGUGGUAGGGAUUGUCACCAUUUUGGUCAUGAUCGCUGACGCGGCCUCCAAAGCCAUCAUUCGGCUGGACAGCCGUCGACACCGGAACGAUGAUAGUAGCCUUUCUUUCUUUCUUUUCCUUCUUUCUUUGUUGUUUGGUCUUGGUCUUGGGAAAUUAUUAUUCUUCAUCCAGUGAUUGUGGCCUUCCUUUCCUUUACUUCUUUCUUAUUGUUUGCUGUUAGUCUUAGGAAAUUAUUGUUUCUUAUCCAAUAAUUCUGGUCUUCCUUUCCUUUAUUUCUUUCUUUAUUGUUUGCUCUUGGUGUUGGGAAUUAUUCUUAUGUCAUGCGGCUUUGGCCACCCCAACGCGUUCGGUAAGUGAUCUCCUUCAAGUUCUCUGAUACGAUGCGAACAAGCCACAUGUUGGAUUGGCUAUUGUCAGAUGGACAAGGGUUGCAUGUGGAAUAGAGCUC